CCUAGGGCGGCGAGGGGAGGAGGGAGUUUCCAUCCUGUCAGCCGAGAUGUAGGAUGUCGGUGCUGCCCUGCCCCAACUCCGCAUUCCCUUCGACUGGGCACUGGACAACGGGAGGGGCAUUUGUAGCUGCAGCCCCUGGGGGAUGGGGGCUGUGGGGAGAGCAGGGACCCCUGGGUCCCAGGGCUCCUUAUCAGCGGGUGCCAGGCAGCUCCCUGGGCCCUGUUAUCAGUCCCAGAGUCCACAGGACGCUCCUAGGGUUAACGUGUAACCACACGCUGUCCCUUCCACCCCCAAAGCCACUGGUGUCCACAUAUGAGCCACUCGGGGGGCUCAGGCCAACAUGGACGCUGGGAAAGAGGGGCUGCCCCGGAAGCCUCGCUCCGCCCAACCACCACAUGUGGGCAGGUGGCUGAGCCUCUUCUUCCUCGCCUGUGCUGCCUACUUCAUCCUGUGGAUCCCCGGGGACCCACCGUCCUGCAUCGGUGCCCUGGUCAAGUGCCUGCCCAUCCUCUGCCUGGUGGCGCUCCUGCGGGCGGUGCGUGCCAGAGUAGUCCUGCAGGGGGCCCUGCUGUCCUCAGCCGUGGGGGACGCCUGCCUCGUCUGGCCUGCCGCCUUCCUCUACGGAGUGGCCGCCUUCACCGUGGCCCACCUGUUCUACCUCUGGGCCUUUGGCCUGACUCCGCUGCAGCCAGGCCUCCUGCUGCCUGUCGUCCUGGUCUUUGUCCCCUACUACGGCCUCCUGCUGCCGCAUUUGUUGCCUGACAUGCUCCUGCCCCUGACAGCGUAUGUGCUGGUCCUGGCUGCCAUGCUGUGGCGUGGCCUGGCCAGAGGCGGGAGCGCCCGCUGGGGCUCACUGCUCUUCACGCUCUCGGAUGCCCUGCUGGCCUGGGAUACCUUUGCCCAGCCCCUGCCCUACGCCCGCCUGGCGGUCAUGGCCACCUACUACUCCGCCCAGGUCCUCAUCGCCCUGUCGGGCUUCCGGGGCCCUGGGCUCAAGACCAACUAAGCAGGGGCCAUGGUGGGCUGGUCUCCGCCCCCUCCCCUCCCACAAGGGCCUGGGCGUCCCAGACCGACUCACCUG